AUACCUCAAUAUUGAACAAUAGUCACGGAAUCAUUUUAGCCCAAACAAGAAAUAUCUGUUAUUGAAUUGUUUUACAACUUGAAAACAGAUAAAUCAAAACAAAACCUUAGAAGAAAAAAUCGGCAGCGAUCGUUAUCUUGUAAUGAACCUGUUUUAAUCGAAAGUUCUUAAAGAUCUGUGUUUGGUGUCUACAUAGAUUUGCGUGAUCAAGACUUGCAGACGACAAUCGUUUCUCGUGGUUACCAGGACAGGAAGUCGCUAUCACAGGGUUUAUAGAGUGAGAUUUUGCAACCAGUCAUGGCUGAACAAUUAACGGAAGAACAACUUCGAGAAUUGAAACUGGUGUUUAACAUAUUUGACACAAAUGGAAAUUCAGAGAUUGACGCCAGUGAAUUAGAGAAAGUUCUACAAGCAAUGAACCAAAACCCCACACCAGAAGACGUGCAAGAACUUCUGGAAGAGAUUGGUGCUGACGAUGGAGUGAUCACGUUUGAGCAGUUUUUACAAUGCGCACCCUCUAGAAUGCGUUCAAACGACGAAGAAGCGGACAUGGUGAAGGCAGCCUUCCGAGUUUUUGAUAAGGACGGAAGUGGAUACAUUUCUAUGGAUGAAGCUAAAGAGAUCCUACAACGAGGAGAGAACGGGAUCACGGACGAGGAAGUAGACGAAUUCUUCCAAACCGCGGACCUCGACAGUGACGGCAGGAUCAACCUUGAAGAAUUUGCAACAAUCCUAAAUAGACCUUUUAUUGUGGAACCAAAUGAAUGAUGAAGAGAGCAUGUGCAAUAUCAACUGAGAUGAAGCAGUUUGUGUACACUCCAAAUCUUUCAUCGAAGAAUGAUAUUAUUUAUAUUUGGAACACCUAUAAUAGGAUUUCUAUUUAAUGUUUAAAUGAUGUACAGUGUAAAAAAAAACAAACAAUACAUUUCCAUUCCUUGAUCUUGUUUAAUUAUUACUAAAACACAAAACGUAAUUAUGCUGUAUUAAUAUGGUUGGCAAAGACAAACUACAUUUUCAAAAAUUGCCUUAAAAGGUAUUUGUUAAAAUGCAAUAUCACAGCUGAAACAUAUUGUACAAAGAUAUACAGUCCCUUAUUCCUUAAAAUUGAUUUAUAUUCACAAAACCACAAUAAAGAAAAACAU